UCUCUUUUGACUUCCUCAUCCACUUUCUUUUCCCUCCACAAUCACCCCCCUCUCUCAAACCUAACCACACUCUCAAUUCUCAAACAACCAAAUUCCAAACACACAAACUAAACCCAACAUGAACCACCCCACCAAACCACCACACCAUCCACCACCACCACACCGCCGCCCACCAAAACCCCCCAAACCCAACCGCACCACCCUAGCCUCCUGCAUUGUAGCCACCAUCUUCCUCCUCUUCCUCGUCAUCAUCGUCUUCAUAAUCUACUUCUCCCUCUUCAAACCCAAAGACCCCACCAUCUCCGUCACCGCAAUCCAACUCCCUUCCUUCACUCUCUCCUCCAACGCUUCCGCUGUCAGCUUCACCUUCUCCCUCUACUCCGCCGUCAAAAACACCAACCGCGCCGUCUUCUCCCACUUUGACAACUCCCUUCAGCUCCUCUACGCCGGUAAUCAAAUCGGGUUCAUGUUCAUUCCCGCCGGAAAAAUCUCCGCUGGUAAUACGGAAUACAUUGCUGCAACUUUUUCCGUUCAGUCUUUUCCGAUCUCGAGAGCGGCACCGGAGACGGCGCCGGAAGGGAAUAUUCCGGCGAUGGUGGGGAAUAUUCCGGUGACAGAUGGGAUUGAGAGAGUGAAGCCGACAAUGGAGCUUGAAAUGAAGUUGGAAAUGGUGGGAAGAGUGAGAGUUUUGUGGGUUAUUAGUCAUCAUGUUGAAAUUGGUUGUGAUUGUCGAAUUUCUGUUGCCAUUUCUGAUGGAUCUGUUCUUGGUUUCCAUUGUUAGAAAGGAAAUUGUUGCUAACUUUACUGGGUUUUUUUUUAUUUUCUUUUUUUAGAAGGAAUGUUUUUUGGGAUUUGUGUUUUUGUUUUGGAGGAAUUUUUAAUGGCGGAUUAGUUUAUUAGUUUGCUGUAAUUGUAUAAAGUUUAACUUACUCCAUUGUAGAAUAUUGGUUUUCAGUUUUAAUUUCAAUACAGCGGGCAAUGUUUGUUCUUCUGUUCUUAGCUUAGCAUUGUUAAGAUCCAAGUAUCUGACAUAUAAACGUCGGUUAAAAUCUCGACAAAUCUUUAUUUGCUAUCAGUAGCCCAUGAUAGAAAUUUAUGUCUCGUGUUGGCUUUUCAUACUAGUAUGAAUCUAACAUGAUACGAGUACACCUUCGAAGUUUUUUCUAUGCAUACCAAGAUUUCAUUUUGGAUGACAUGGAGCAUUAUUACCUCAGCUCACACUAAUGGAGCUCGUAGUUUAAGGAAAUUUACUUUUCAUUCAU